AUGACUGAAUCAAUAAUAACUAUUUCACCUAAAACAUCACCAUAUCGUUCUCAAAUUCAAACUCGUAUUGCAUCACCAGGUUCAUUAUCAUCUAUUAAUUUUUAUAUAUCACCAUCAAUUAAUCGAACUAUUGAUCAUCAUCAUCAUAAUUCAGUAUCAAAUGAAAAAUUACAAUUAAGAAAAUUAAAUGAUCAAUUCUUAUCAUAUAUUGAACGUAUUCAUUUAUUUGAAACAUAUAAUAAUUGUUUAAAUAUAUAUUGUGAAAAUAUUAAAAAUGCACAAGAACGUAUAAAAAAUAAAUUAGAUUUACUUAAACAAGAAUUUCAUGAAUAUCAACAAGAAAAAUUAAAUCGAGAAAAAAAAGAUAUUGAAUUAGAAAAUGAAUUUAUUAAUGAUAUUGAAAAACAAGUUGAAGAAUAUAAAAAUAAAAAAAAUUUUCUUCAACAUGAACAUGAAUUAUAUAGAAAACAAAUUAUCGAUUUACAACAACAAUCUAUUGAUUUACAAUCUAAAACAGAAAAAUUACGUUCUGAUUAUGAAAAUUUAAAUGAUGAUAGUAAUCAUUGUCGAAGACAAAUGUCCUACUGUCAAUUAUUUAAAUCAUCAAUUCUCGAUGAAAUAACUCGUCAACGUGAUAUACAUCAACGUAUACAAUUAGAAGUUGAUGAUUUAAAAAUACAAAAACAAUUAACAAUACAAGCACAUGAAGCUGAUACUCAAGCAAUUGAAAUUCAAAAUGAUAAUAUUUUAUAUGAUUUAACAACACAUUUUCGUUUAGAUGGAAAUGAAAAAAAUAUUUUAACACAAAUGUUAAAUGAAAUUCGUGAAGAAUAUAAAAUGAAAGAUAAUGAAAUGCGUGAAGAACUUCAUCGAAAAUAUUUAUAUGAAUAUAAUCGACAUAUAAAACGUAUUGAUGAAAAUUUAAUUGAAACGAAUCGAGAUUACAUUGAACGACAUCAUUUAUCUAAUGAAUUAAAUUCUUUAAAUGAUAAUCGAUUAUUAUUACGUCAAAAAUUAACUUUAAUACAAGAACAAUAUAAACAAUUAGAAAUAAAUUUUCAACGAGAAACUAAACGACAAAACGAUAUGAAUGAAAAAUAUGAUCAUGAAAUAAAUAAUUUAAGUUUAUCUGUUCGAGAAUAUGAAAAUCUUCUUAAUAAUAGUUCAUUAAUUCGUCAAUCAACAAUUGCAGAUGAAGUUAAUAAAUAUAGUCAAUUACUUGAAGGUUCAGAUCAACAAAUAGGUCUUCGACAAUUAAUCAACAUGUCAAAUAAAAUUGAUUAUUUUUCACCUAUUAAUUAUUCAACGAUUCCUCCAAUUAAUAAAUCCGAACCAGCAUCAACAGUUCUACUUGUUAAAUCUCGCACUCGUCAAAAUUCUACAAGUGAAACAUCAUAUGAAACAGCACAUAUAUCAACAACAACAACUAAUCAACAAUAUCUUACUUUAGAUUCAGUUAAUGAAAAAGUAUUUCAAAACGAUUAUGAUACUGACAAUGAUCAAUCACAAACUAUUCAAUAUAUAUCUGGACGUAAUAGUCGAUUAAUAAGUGAAACAGAUCUAACAACAACAAAUCAAGAAUCAAAACCACCGACCGAUGUUAUCAAACAUAAUGAAACAAUCGAUGAAAUACCUAUUGAUAUAUCUCAUACAGAAGGUCUAAUAAAUCAAACAUUACCAUUCAUACCGAUGAAUAUAAUAUCUCAAGUUGAUAUAGAUGAAAAUAAAUCUAUUAUAUCUGAUGAACACCAAUCUCCAUUAAUAUCUACAUUUGAAAAACGAGAAGAUUUAGACCAAACAAAUAUCGAAUCAAAUAUUUUAACAUCAUCAGAAACAAUUAUUCCAAUUACUAUUGAUAUUAAUUCAAUAACAAGUGAAGAAUUAAAUCAAGCAAAAAUUAUAUCACCAUCAACAUUAAAUAUAUCUAUUAAUGAACAAUCAAAAUCAAUUGUAUCACCUAAAUCUAUAUCAAAUCAAUCCGAAAUUGAAUCAACUAUUGUUGAAGUACCAGUAUCAACAUUACCAGCAGUAAAUCCAUUAAGUAAAUUAAUUUCAACAAUGUUACCUAAUGCAACUCCAUUUGUACCAAAUUCAAACAUUACCAAUAAUCAAUCAGUUACACCUUCAUCAAUACCAAUAUUGACAAUGAAUAAUAAUGCACCACCUUUUAUUCCCAGUCAACAUCAACAUGCAAAUAAUCAACAGCAUAUGAAUAAUACUAAUGUUGGACAUUGGAGUGGAAGUGGUACACGAGGAAAUAAUCGUCGUGGACAAAAUACUGGUGGCGGUAGUUUUCAUCAUGGUGGUGGUGGAAAUCAACGGUCUGGAGGUGGUGGCAAUUGGCAACAAGGUGGUGGUCAGCAUAAACAACGUCGUGGACAAAAAUAA